AUGAUUUGUCCAUAUUUUACCUCCCCAACGCUCAAACACUUGUCAAGUCAAUUCCCUGAACCCUCUCAUCAUAAACAUCUUUUCCAAACUCCUUCCCAAAAGAUCCCCAUUCUCCAAGAUGCUUAUUCCAACAAACUGGGAGAAUCCAAGGUCUGGGAUCAUACCUACGGGGGGCCCCCUCUCUCCGGCCCUCCCCUCUCUCGUCCUCCUUUUCCCACCAAGACCCCAUACAGCGACAAGAGACCAGACCACAAAGAUCACAGGAUCAAACUGAAAGAAGAACCAAGCCGAAAGAGUCACAAGCUUUUGAUGCCCCAUCACAGUCUUGUUCAUGGUCCAGCCCAUGGUCUCCCUUUGGCCACUGGCUCUGAGCUCCGGGAUGGUCUCGGCACCGCUGAUGUCUCCCACAUUACCGCACAACCUCUCCAUCCCCUUCAGGUUACUGGCAAGAUUGAUGUUGAGAGCCAUCAGUCUGAGUCCGAGGCGUCUGAAUGCGCUUCCUUCGUUCUCGUCAUCGUCAUGAUUGUUCUGGUAGCCGCAAUAGCCGCAAUAGGCGUGCUUGCCCUUUUCAGGAGGGUGAUACGAAACUUUUCGAGGCGUCGUGGUCAAAGACAGGUGUGGAACUGGGUUAAGAAAGCGGACGGUGCAGACCUUUCGAAUCUGCUUGAUCACCUCAAGCAGAAUCCACACAUGUUCCGACCGUACCAUCUUAACAUGCUCCGGGAUAUAUUGGCAAGUCAUGAGGGUCCUUCUUAUCUCCCAACAUACGACAAGGCUUCUGGAACAGGCCAUCUGGACUCAACCGACUGUGCAACUCCCUCUGGACCACCGCCUGCUCAUAUGGCCCCUUCGCAGCCCGCGCCCUUCACGCCCGGAGCACCAAACUAUGGGUAUCCUCCUCGUCCUAUGAGAUGCCCAAAACGGAGGAUGCGUGCGAUUUGA